AUGAUCACAAAAACUAUUUCUUGCUAUUUAUUGAUUAUAUUCAGUUGUAUUAUCUUUCAAGUGAAUUGUCAAAUAUGUUAUAAUAUGUCUCAAUAUGAUCGAUGUUCAAAAAAUAGUGCAUGUGGUUGUUUUAAAAUGGUAAAUACUGAAAAUUUUGGAAUAUGUGCUUCUCUUCGGCCUAUUUGUUCUCAAUUGGAUUUAUGUGAAUCUUCAAAUAAUGUUUGCACGAAAGAUAAUCAUAUUUGUGUUCGUCAUCCAAGCUGUAAUUCAAAUCCUGUUUGUUAUCCAAUAUCAAUGAUGGAUGAAAAAAUUUGUCCAACUACAGAAACGAUGAAUACUACAACAACGAGCACAAUUACAAUUACAACUACAACUUCCACCGCGACCACCACUACCAUUCAACCUACAAAAACAAAAUUUCAACAAUUUGGAACAACUGUUGCUGGUGGAAAUGGAUAUGGAAAUCAAUUAAAUCAACUCUCGAGUCCUUAUGGAAUCUUUGUUGAUCAAAAUAAAAACAUUUUCAUUGUUGCUUCUUGGAAUCAUCGUAUUAUUGAAUGGAAAUCGAAUGAAAUACAAGGAAAAAUCAUUGCUGGUGGAAAUGGACAAGGAAAUAGAUUGGAUCAAUUGUAUUAUCCAUCAGAUAUGAUUGUUGAUCAACACAAUCAUUCCAUCAUCAUUGCUGAUCAAGGGAAUAGACGAGUGAUAAGAUGGUCAACAAAUAAAAAACAAGAGAUUCUUAUUGAAAAUAUUGAUUGUUCGGGUUUAACAAUGGAUCAACAAAGAUUUCUUUAUGUUUCUGAUCAAGAGAAAAAUGAAGUAAGAAAAUGGAAUUUAGAUAAAAUUAACGGAAAUCAACAAGGAAUAUUAGUUGCUGGUGGAAAUGGACGAGGAAAUAAAUUAAAUCAACUCGACUCUCCUCGAUUCAUCUUUACUGCUAAAGAUCAUUCGAUUUAUAUUUCAGAUUCGGAGAAUAAUCGUGUAAUGAAAUGGAUGAAAGAUGCUCGAGAAGGAAUUCUUGUAGCUGGUGGAAAUGGAAGAGGAAAUAAUCUCAAUCAAUUGAAUGGUCCUCAUGGAUUAUUUGUUGAUGAGUUGAAUCAAAUCUAUAUAGCAGAUUGUGUUAAUGAUCGAAUAAUGCGAUGGUAUGAAGGAUAUGAAGAAGGUUCGAUUGUUGUUGGUGGAAAUAGAAGAGGAAAUGAAUCAAAUCAAUUGAAUAGUCCUGUUGGUUUAUCAUUUGAUUUAGAAGGAAACAUUUAUGUUUCAGAUUUUGGAAAUGCUCGAAUAAUUCGAUUUGAUAAAAUAAAUUAA